CCGGGCGCGCCGGAGGACUGAGCGGCGAGCGGACGGCGGACCGGUGACGGUCGCUGGGCAGCGAGCGGCGGCGAUGGCGACCGUGGUGGCAGCGACGGCGGCGGAGCGAGCGGUGCUGGAGGAGGAGUUUCGCUGGCUAUUGCAGGACGAGGUGCACGCCGUGCUGAGGCAGCUGCAGGACAUCCUCAAGGAGGCCUCUCUCCGCUUCAGUCUGCCGGGCUCAGGCACCGAGGGGCCCACAAAGCAGGAGAACUUCAUCCUGGGCAGCUGUGGCACAGACCAGGUGAAGGGCGUGCUGACUCUGCAAGGGGAUGCACUGAGCCAGGCGGACGUGAACCUGAAGAUGCCCAGGAACAACCAACUGCUGCACUUUGCCUUCAGGGAGGACAAGCAGUGGAAGCUGCAGCAGAUCCAGGACGCCAGGAACCACGUGAGCCAAGCCAUUUACCUCCUUGCCAACCGGGACGAGAGCUACCAGUUCAGGACAGGAGCAGAGGUCCUCAAGCUGAUGGAUGCCGUGAUGCUGCAGCUGACCAGAGCCCGAAACCGGCUCACCACUCCAGCCACCCUCACUCUGCCUGAGAUCGCUGCCAGCGGCCUCACGCGGAUGUUCGCCCCCGCCCUGCCUUCCGACCUGCUGGUCAAUGUCUACAUCAGCCUUAACAAGCUCUGCCUCACCGUGUACCAGCUGCAUGCCCUGCAGCCCAAUUCCACCAAGAACUUCCGCACAGCCGGAGGUGCCGUGCUUCACAGCCCCGGGGCCAUGUUCGAGUGGGGUGCACAGCGUCUAGAGGUGAGCCACGUGCACAAGGUGGAGUGUGUGAUCCCGUGGCUGAACGAUGCCCUCGUCUUCUUCACCGUCUCCCUGCAGCUCUGCCAGCAGCUCAAGGAUAAGAUCUCCGUGUUCUCCAGCUACUGGAGCUACAGGCCUUUCUGAACAGAGCGCCCAAGAGCCUGUCUCCAUGGGAAUGGCCCCUGCCCAGGGAAUCCCUGUUCCCCCUC